UAACGUCUUCAGCGUUUCGGUUGUGUCUAGUGCGAACAUUUCAUCCACAUCACUCCUGCGCUGCCCAUUGGAUAACCAAAUCACAAACCUCCAAAAAAACAACCUUAUAAGGAUUACCUUCAGCUUCACUAACCAAAUUAACACUCAACAACUUUAACAAGAUGAUGAUGCUUCAUCCCACACCAGCACAGCGCGUGAGCAUCCGCGAGGAGUUGCGCGAGCCUGAGGAUCCAGCAGACAUUGAGCGUGACAUCAAGCUGAUCCGCGAGUGGCUGGAGACGCAGCCCCAUCUGCCCAAGGACAUGGACGAUAUGCGUCUAACGACCUUCUUGCGUGGCUGCAAAUUCAGUCUGGAGAAGGUGAAGAAGAAGCUUGACAUGUACUACACCAUGCGCAACGCUGUUCCCGAGUUCUUUGCCAAUCGCGACAUCAACCGCCCGGAGCUCAACAUUGUGCUCGACUAUGUGCACUGCCCCACAUUGCCGGGUAUCACGCCCAAUGGACGUCGUAUUACGUUCAUUCGGGGCAUCGACUGCGAUUUCCAGCCCCAUCAUAUUCUGGAUGCCAUGAAGGUGGCUCUCAUGAUUGGCGAUGUGCGUCUCGCUGAGGAGUCUGUGGGCAUUGCUGGCGAUGUUUUCAUUCUGGACGCAGCCGUGGCCAGUGCCUCUCACUUUGCCAAAUUCUCACCGACUGUGGUUAAGAAGUUCUUGAUCGCCGUGCAGGAGGCGUAUCCCGUCAAGGUGAAGGAGGUGCAUGUGAUCAACAUCUCGCCACUGGUUGACACGAUCUUCAACUUUGUGAAGCCAUUCGUCAAGGAGAAGAUCCGCAGCCGCAUCACCUUCCACAACGAUGUAGACAGCCUCUACAAGGUGGUGCCACGUGAGCUGCUGCCCAACGAGUACGGCGGCAAGGCGGGACCCAUCGUUGAGCUUAACCAGUGGUGGAAACAGAAGCUUGCCGAUAACACCAAGUGGUUCCAGGAGCAGGAGGACAAGAAGGCCAACGAAUCGUUGCGCCCGGGUGCACCAAAGACCAGCGAUGAUCUCUUUGGCAUGGAGGGAACCUUCCGCCAGUUGAACAUCGAUUGAGAUUAUCUAUAAUCGAUUAUCUAUAUACAUACACAUAAUAUUAUUAUUGUUCAAUGCGUUCAUUUUAUUUUGUACUAUAUGUAUUUUAUAUGUAUGUCUGAUGUACACACUCAUAUUAACCAAUCAUUUGUUUUGUUCGCUUUACGCUUCAUUUCCUAUCUAUUCCAUUGAUGUAUCCGCAUCGCCGCUCAUUGCAGUAAUUACAAUAAAGAAGCCGCAGCAUAUUAAGGAAUGAAUAAAUCA